GGAAGCUCGGUAGAGCGUAGCCGGAAAGGAGAAGGUGAUCUGGACGAAAGCCCCCGCGCCGCCCCCACCCCCUUCCGGCUUGGCGACAGUUAGGCCCUCGAGUUGAGAUUACAGACAUCCCGCCAGCAUGAUUUCUUCAAAGCCCAGACUUGUUGUACCUUAUGGCCUCAAGACUCUGCUUGAGGGAGUCAGCAGAGCCAUACUCAAAACCAAUCCACCCAACAUCACCCAGUUCGCAGCAGUUUAUUUCAGAGAACUUAUUCUCUUUAGAGAAGGACAUUCUUGUCUGGAUAUAAAAGAUCUGGUUAAACAGUUUCAUCAGAUUAAAGUGGAGAAAUGGUCGGAAGGAACGGCACAAGAGAAGAAAGCAGAAUGUGUGAGAGAGCCAGAAAAAACAUCUACCAUUUCCCUAGAGCCUAAACGGAUGGAAAAAUCGACAGACACAGAGGAGGAUAACAUAGCAGCGCUGCUGUUCAGCAGCAAAACCACUCAGUUCCCGUCAGUCCAGGCCGACCUGGCCUCAGAGCCUGAGGACGCAAGCGAAGCACCCCGGGGCCCGUCCAAACCGACCAGCCCUAAGAACGCUACCCCACCGUCCUCACCGUUGCCAGCGGCCGUCACUUCCGAGUUUGCCUAUGUCCCUGCGGACCCCGCCCAGUUUGCUGCUCAGAUGUUAGGUAAUGUUCCAUCUGUUCAUUCUGAUCAAUCUGAAAUUUUAAUGGUGGAUGUGGCAACAAGUAUGCCUGGUAUUUUCGAGGAGAUGCUGAGCUCGAAGGCUGCUGAAGAGAACGCGGUGGCCACUCCUAGUGUGUGUUCUGGCAAGAUGGUAGCAGAGCAGGUUGUGAGCGAACAAUCUGUCCAUGCACGUGUGGGCAGUAAGGCUGAAUCACCAACGGCUUCCUCAUUCCCCUUGCAGGGUGAACAAGAACCUCCUGCCUGUGACCAUGCUUCUGAGGUCCCUUUGCAGGCUGACAUUGAGGUGACAUCCACCAUGCACAUAGCCUCUAUCUAUAAUGAUGAGCCUGUAAUCGAAGGAGUUACUUAUGUUGAGCAGUUACCAGAACAAAUAGUUAUCCCCUUCUCUGAUCAUGUUGCUCGUCUUAAAAGCAAGGAGCAGUCACCACCACACAGUCCCAUACUUGUAGUAGGCAAGACAGCCUCAGGCGGGUCUGAAAAAUCUGUGGGUUCCGCAAAAUUUGUGCAGUUGGAGAGCACAAAGUAUGACUCCUCAGUCCAUGUGGAGGCAGACGGCUCUACCAAAGCAGUGAGCUCUGAGAAAUCUAUGCACCUUGAAGUGGAGAUCUUUGCGCUGGCCCCUGACAGUGCUGGGCAGGAGUCCGGGGAAAACCCUGCGUCCCAGGAGACGGAGGUCAAACCCGCGCGCUCAGGGUCCAUAAGAUCAUCUAGUGGCCCCCAACCUCCUGUUCCAGAAGGUCUUUAUGAACCAGAAAUGGACCCAGAACGGGAUGCAGCACCUUCCAACGAGGUUUGAUGGAGCCAGCGAUAGCAGCAAGCGAAGCAGGACAACCACCACCAUAUUCUAACAUGUGGACCCUUUAUUGUCUAACUGAUAUGAAUCAACAAAGCCACCCAUCACCGCCACCUGCACCUGGGCCUUUCCCCCAGG